AUGAGAGAAAUAAACACAAAGGCAACAUCAGACAGCUCCUCAUCAUUCUGGACAUGGAGAUCUCCACUUCCUUACCUUUUUGGAAGUUUGGCGAUAAUGUUGGUACUCAUUGUAGCCGCACUCAUCGUCCUCGCUUGUUCCUUCCAUAAACGCCUUUCCUCCUCCGCCACCUCGUCGGAGAAAUCUGCACGCCCGGCGCCCAAAAUAAUUGUGGAAAUGUCUCCGAGAGUCGUCGUAAUCAUGGCCGGCGAUCAGAAACCCUCUCACAUCGGAGUUCCUAUUUCUUCAUCAUCUGAUUAUAAACCUUCUGACUCAGCUCUGUGA